UUAAUGUUUAAAUGGAGCAGAAAAAAUAUUUAUCAUCGCUUUACUGCGUCUGGAUCCUUAUCAACUACGCUGUCUCUGAGGACUGGACUCGUCUCCACACCGAGGACGAUCUCUUCAGGAGUUUGUUUGGAGGCUACAGCAAGUGGACGCGUCCCGCUCGCAACGUCACCGACGUGGUCAUCGUCAAGUUCGGCCUCUCCAUCGCUCAGCUCAUAGAUGUGGAUGAAAAAAAUCAGAUGAUGACGACCAACGUUUGGCUGAAACAGGAGUGGACGGACUACAAGCUGCAGUGGACGCCGUCAGACUUCGACAACGUGACGUCCAUCAGAGUUCCCUCGGAGCUCAUCUGGGUGCCGGACAUCGUGCUCUACAACAAUGCAGAUGGCGAGUUCGCCGUCACCCACAUGACCAAAGCGCACCUCUUCCACACGGGUCGAGUCCGCUGGGUCCCGCCGGCCAUCUACAAGUCCUCCUGCUCCAUCGACGUCACCUUCUUCCCUUUCGACCAGCAGAGCUGCAAGAUGAAGUUUGGCUCGUGGACGUACGACCGCGCCAAGAUCGACCUGGAGCCCUUCGAGAACACGGUGGACCUGAAGAACUACUGGGAGAGCGGCGAGUGGGCGAUCGUCAACGCCGUGGGCACCUACAACAUCAAGAAAUACGACUGCUGCCGCGAGAUCUACCCCGACAUCACCUACUACUUUGUCAUCCGCCGCCUGCCGCUCUUCUACACCAUCAACCUCAUCAUCCCCUGCCUCCUCAUCUCCUGCCUCACGGUCCUCGUCUUCUACCUGCCGUCCGACUGCGGCGAGAAAAUCACGCUGUGCAUCUCCGUGCUGCUGUCGCUCACCGUCUUCCUGCUCCUCAUCACCGAGAUCAUCCCGUCCACGUCGCUGGUCAUCCCGCUCAUCGGCGAGUAUCUGCUCUUCACCAUGAUCUUCGUCACGCUGUCCAUCGUCAUCACCGUGUUCGCGCUGAACGUGCACCACCGCUCGUCGGCGACGCACAGGAUGCCGCGGUGGGUGCGGAGGUUGUUCCUGACGGCGGUGCCUCGUUGGCUGUGCAUGACGCGUCCGGUCCACAGGCGGCGUCACCUCGCUGAUAAGCUCCUCCCUCUCCGGACUCCAGGCCACUCCCACUUCACCUCCACGUGGAUCACUCAGGAGUCAGACGUAGAUCUCCACGGUUACGAGAACGACAACCUUUGCCACAGCAGCCACCGUCUGGACAUCCUGGACACGGGAGGUCAAAUGAAGUACUGCGACCUCCAUAGCUAUGAAGACGCAGACCAUGUCGGGGGAUCUGGGGUGAAGAUAGAUGGUCGACAGAGGAUUUCCUCCUUCUCGUCUCCUUCCGCUCGCUGUCUGGGUUACACCAUCCUCCCUCAGAGACCCUCCACCUUCAGCUUGGACUGGGACAACCCUCCUGUUGAGCAUGGUACGACCCAGAGCACACCGGCCUCCUUUCUGUCUCCUGCUGUGGUAUCGGCCCUCGAGGGGGUGACCUACAUCGCAGAGCAUCUCAGAGCUGAGGAUGCAGACUUCUCAGUAAAAGAGGACUGGAAGUACGUAGCCAUGGUUGUGGACCGGAUCUUCCUCUGGAUGUUCAUCAUCGUGUGUCUGCUCGGGACAUUCGGACUCUUCCUGCCCCCGUGGCUCUCUGGGAUGUUUUAGAAGCAAAGCGGAUAUUAAAACAGUGAUUUCAACUAUUUAAUUCCUAUGAAACAGUUUACAGGUUGAGUUGCAUGUUUGUUUUUGCAAAUAAACUGAAACUUUGUGCGGAUUAUCUUUUAUUUUAAAAUGUCACAGGUGUAAUUAAACAAGUCAAUUUGAAAUGCACUGCAAAAGUGCUGUGAUGUUUUAUCCACUAAAACUUUUGAGUAAAAUGAAU